AUGCUUGUUAUAGCACGUCGAUCGUCGUAUUGCAGAACAGGUCGACGGUCUUUUCACAACAGCAGUGUCCGACAGAGUCUCAAACAAAUCGAGAGGAAGCCACGCUCGGAACCAAUAGUCAGACAGCCUGUUGGUAGCAGCGAGCAAGCUUAUCGAUCGAAGAAGGGGAAGGCAGUUGAAGUUUCAGCGCCAAAAGACAUCGAGGAUGUCGUAAAACGCAACGAAGUCGGGGUGCAGCUACUUUCGAGGAAAAUACACUCGCAGAUCUUCAAAGGCGUGACUUUUCCGCCUCCAGACAGGAAAUAUAUCAAUCUUGCCCGUGAGCACCUCGACUCGCAUGGCCUCGACCCGACUCAAGGAUCAAUAUUACCGAACACCGGCUUCACACUUCCACCUCUUCAGGGGUCUUCAAUCGACGAACAUUUCCAUCGAAUAGGCCAUGCCGCUUCUGAGCCAUGGCUUGGCCUCGCAAAACAAUUUGCAGAGAUAAGAAUACCGCCUAAGCCGGAGUUCUGGCACAUUCAUUCUGGUUGGACAAAAUAUCACCAUCGAGACGAUGGAUCAAGCUAUUACGAGACUGUCUCUGCACCUGAAGAGGAAAUGCUGUCCUUUGACGUGGAAACCAUGCCAAAUCACCACCAGUAUGCUAUUAUGGCGUGUGCUAUGUCUCCCACUCACUGGUACUCGUGGAUCUCGCCUUGGCUUCUCGGAAAGACGGAAGAUCCGCAGCAACUCAUUCCUCUUGGUGAUUCCAAGGGUCAUCGAAUCAUAGUUGGUCACAAUGUUUCGUAUGAUCGUGCUAGGGUUCUUGAGGAGUACCAUGUCAAAGGCACUAACUCACGUUUCAUCGAUACGAUGUCUCUUCACGUCGCCGUCAAAGGUAUUUCAUCUCAUCAGCGACCAGCAUGGAUGAAAUACAGGAAAAACAAGACUGAAGAGAAGGAGCGCAAAGAGGAAGCCGUCGAGGCUGCCAAGGACUUACUCCGUGAGACCCAGGAACGACAAUCGGGGGAAGAGGAUGCCGUGAAGCGUGCAGAACUACGUCGCCUGCAGCAAGAGAUCGAGGAGAGCUUGCCACAGCUCGUGGCUGACGACUCUGAAUCCACAGAAGCUGAAACGUCUUCAAAGCGCUGGGAAGAUAUCACGUCUGCAAACUCGCUUGCAGAUGUCGCUAAGCUACACUGCGGUAUCGACAUUGGAAAAGAAAUACGCAAUGACUUCAUGACACGUUCACGCGAGGAAAUCUUUGAGGGCAUUAACGAUUAUCUGGAUUACUGUGCAACAGACGUCGAAAUAACACACGCAGUGUAUACGAAGGUCUUCCCAGACUUUCUCCAAGCAUGUCCUAGCCCUGUAUCUUUCGCUGGCGUCAUGACGAUGGGUUCAAGUUUCUUAACUGUGAAUGAGCAAUGGGAAAAUUAUCUACGCAACGCUGAAGGAAUUUACAGGGAACUGAACGAAAAGAUUAAGAAGCGUCUUAUUUCAAUUGCUGAAGAUGUGCGUCUUCUAAUGGACGAAGAACGCUGGAAGGACGAUGUCUGGCUUAGUCAACUUGACUGGACUCCGAAGAAAGCUGGCAAGUCGCGCGGUAUUGACGUGCCGACUAAACCAAAGGCAAGGUCAAAGUCAACCCGUAAAGCCGCCUUGACAGCGAUUAACAAACCCGCCUGGUUUGAAACUUUAACGGAAAAGGGCCCAUUUAACGCCUCCGUCAAGAACAACAUCCUUCCCUUUCUCUUCCGUUUCGCCUUCAACGGUCGACCACUUUCUUAUUCUUCAAAAGAAGGCUGGACAUAUACCGACGAAAACGGUGAAGUCAAGCGACCACAUGAUCGUGACGCACGAGUGCACACUAUCAUGGGAAAGACUGUUGGACUCAAGGAACUUGCGAGUGGCCGUCUGACAUGUAUCCACCCCAAGAUGGCGAAAGCGAUUGCGAGCGGAGAGGAGGACGAGAAACUGUCCAAGAAGAUCAUGAAACUGGCCUUAGACGUCCUGGCGAAGGAGAGUGAUCUCGUAGACGACCCAUGGAUAAGCCAGCUUAACUGGCUUCGAUCCGAACCCGCCAAUGCUGUGGUGGAGGAAGUUAGUGAGCCCGUACUCUGGCCCAAAUGGUACUGGGAUCUGGCGAAACCAAAGAAAGGGAUGCCGCCAGGCACACUGGAUCUUACCAUCCGCUCCCGUCUCGCCCCCUUGCUUCUACGUCUCAGUUGGUCAGGCUGGCCACUCUUCCAUUCGCGCGAGCAUGGCUGGAUAUUCCGAGUUGCCCCUGACGCCCAAUAUGCGACACGAUCAAAGAAAUUAGACUUUUAUGAUCCUGCUGACGCGCAUCUACAAGAGGCAGUGCUACGAGAUGGAUAUUCGUUCUACAAAUUGCCUCAUAAAGAUGGUGAAUCUGCUAAUGUUGGUAGCCCCUUUGGGAAGACGUUCAUGAAGUACUCGCAAGACGGGACGCUUACGAGUCGUGAAGGCGAUACGAAGGACGCUCUCGAUAUGAAUGCCCAGUGCAGCUACUGGAUAAGCUCGCGCGAUCGGAUUCUGAACCAAAUGGUCGUAUGGAACAGUGACAAGGUUAGGCUCGGUGUAAAGGCGGAGAAACCGGACGGGAAGGUAGGGAUGAUCAUUCCUCAGGUCAUCACUAUGGGUGCCGUUACUCGCCGAGCUAUCGAAAAGACUUGGCUUACUGCAAGUAAUGCCAAAAAGAACCGGGUUGGUUCAGAGUUGAAGGCGAUGGUCCGGGCACCGAAGGGCUAUGCGAUUGUCGGGGCUGAUGUAGAUUCAGAGGAACUGUGGAUCUCAAGUGCUAUGGGUGAUGCACAGUUUGGUCUGCAUGGCGCGACGGCGUUAGGUUGGAUGACGCUUGAGGGGACAAAAGCUGCAGGGACUGACUUGCAUUCCAAGACUGCGAGUAUCCUUGGUAUUUCCCGUGACCAGGCAAAGGUUUUCAACUAUUCUCGUAUCUAUGGUGCCGGCAUGCGGCAUGCAAUUCUUCUCUUGCUACAGUCCAACCCCAACAUGCUCCCCGACAUUGCGCAGCAGCAGGCAGAAAAGCUCUAUGCUUCUACCAAGGGCAAGAACACUCACAGAACAGAUAUCUUCGGUCGCAAGUUCUGGUUCGGUGGGAGCGAGAGUUAUGUCUUCAACAAGCUCGAGGAAAUCGCCAUGUCUGAUAAACCUCGAACACCUGCGUUGGGUUGCGGUGUCACCUACGCUCUUUCAAAAGAGUACCUACCUGCGGGCUUCGGUACGGAUUACAUGACCUCUCGCAUUAAUUGGGUUGUGCAGUCCUCUGGUGUGGAUUACUUGCAUCUGCUCAUCGUUUCAAUGGAGCACCUUAUUGCAAAGUACGACAUCAAGGCUCGUUACCUUAUGUCCGUACAUGACGAGCUACGUUAUCUCGUUAGGGAGGAAGACAAAUACCGCGCCGCUCUUGCACUGCAAAUCGCAAACCUUUGGACUCGCUGCCUAUUUGCGUACAAACUCGGUAUGGACGAUCUCCCCCAGGGCGUUGCGUUCUUCUCCGCUGUAGACGUCGAUCACGUACUUAGGAAGGAGGUCGACCUUCCCUGCGUUACGCCCUCUCAACCAACGCCCAUCCCUCCCGGUGAAUCCCUCAACAUCAUCAAAGCCCUCGAGAAGACAAACGGCGGGUCUCUCUGGCGCGACGGUCGACCAAUGCAAUCAGACGAGAGUAUCCCACUGGUUGGCACACUCGAAGGCUACGUCAAACCAGAUUGUCUCAUCCACCGUGCCUCAAGCGCCAACUUCCUACGCGCACAGGCAACAACAGAGUUCGGAGAGAUCAAGCAACUCGCGGGGCUCGAAACUGGACAGACGUAUACCGGUGACAUUGGUGGUCCGAAGAAAAGGCGAAGGGGGACAUCGCGCCUAAGUAGUAGUAAAACUUCGUCUACUUCUGCGGCUUCGCCUCGCGGAAAUUGGCUUGACGCUGAGGCAGAGCGUUACCUCCUGGAGGCUUCCUAG